UAUAUUGUCCUGCCCCAGUCAUAACACAAAAGAUGGACGCCGCCGUGUUUAUUCUGUCACUGAUCGACUGUUGUGCACUGAUUUUCCUCGCGGUCUAUUUUAUUAUUACCUUGUCUGAUUUAGAAUGUGACUACAUCAACGCCAGAGCAUGCUGCUCCAAACUCAAUAAAUGGGUAAUACCAGAGAUGGUUGGCCAGUGUCUGUCCACUGUGCUGAUGCUGGUCUCCACACACUGGUUCAUCUUCUUCCUCAACCUUCCCGUAGCAGCCUGGGACAUUUAUAGAUACGUGAAGGUCCCGAUGGGGAACAUGGGCGUGUUUGACCCCACUGAGAUCCACAACCGGGGGCAGCUCAAGUCACACAUGAAGGAGGCCAUGAUCAAACUGGGAUACCACCUGCUUUGUUUCUUCAUUUAUUUGUACAGCAUGAUUCUGGCUCUGAUCAACGACUGAGGCCACAUGCUCGCAGCGGGACCUCCGCCAUCUUUCUUCACACUCCUGGAUUUAACCUUUCCCUCCUCCCAUCCUGUGCUGGAUGCCUAAAAUCGUUCCAAACUGCUCUGACAAGUUGAAUCGUGUGCCAAAGGCAUACUCCUUCAAAAACAUGCUUAGCAUCUGAUACAAAGGUAUCAGAGCCCCCCCC